UAAAGAAGAAAAAAAUUCUGCAUCGCCCCGCGUUCGCUACUGCGGAGAUGCAACAAAACUCAAACAACCUGGUGAGAAGUCCCAGGAAGAUGAGCAAUCUUCGCGGCCAUCAACAGAGGACUCGCCCAUACCCGCAAACGCAUCAUCAAACUAGUUCGACAGCUUCUUCAGGAUCCGGACGCUCGGCGGUCGCCGCAGUUUCUUCAAAGGUAGCUGGUACCAUUACUAUAGUCGAUCAGGAAAAGGCUCUGCGCAACAAAAUCCACAUGGAGAUCGAGAAAAAAUCGAAAGCUUGCUCGAAUGCUUCCUACGAGUGUACACUUCCGCGUUUGGAACAGUACAAUUACUGCAAACGACACAUCUUGCAAGAUCCGAGAUCUUCGUUCAAGCAGUGCGCGUACUUCUUUGCCAGCAAUGGCAAACGCUGCACGGAACCGGCUCCAAGAUAUGACAACAAAAAGGACUACGGAACCAACUAUUGCUACGAGCAUAGCCGAUUGUCACAGUUGACGAAAACCAAAUCCACAAUCGGUAAAUUUACACCGGUCGAAACGACGGAAACGCUGCUCCACGGUCUGGCGCACCAUGUUAAGGUGGACAAGGCCAAGCAGAAUCAACAGCAGUACCGUCAUCAGCAUCAUCAUCUGGGCUCGGGGAACUGCUCGUCUACCUCGAUGAAGAUUAGCGUCCACGACGAUGAGGAAGACCCGGGAGACGUUGAUGUCGCGACGCCCUCGGUGGAUCCCUAUGUCGACAUCGAUGUGACGUCCAUCAACGACUCCGGCCGCGUGGUGCUCGAUUAUGCCUCGGACAGCAGCACCGACGAAGAGGCCGCCACCGUGGGCAAUACAUGGCGUGGACACGAUCUAGACAAUUCGGACAACGAAAGCGUCGAUUCGCAGAACGAAGAUCUGUUGAAACAUGCCGGUAUUUACACCGCCGAAGAGGCCACAAUGAUCACCAAGGAGAAACUGAUCCGUUUGCAGGCCCUGUAUAUCGAUCAGUUCCAUCGGCUGCAGCAUGUGCUGCGAGAAAAGCGACGCCGCUACCUGCACGAUCUGCGCAAGGAACGCGAAACGUACUGUAGCAUUCACGAUCAGGUUAAGGAUUCGCCGAAGGAACGUAAGCUGUACGAAAAAAUGAAAGCUUUCAAUCACUAUCACAAGAAGUAUGGAAUGGAAUCCAUCUUACAUCGCAAAUAUUUGGAAAAGCGUGCGAAGGCUACGGAGGGCUUGCACCAUAAAGUCCCUUCAAAUCCUAAGUGUGCUUUUACCGAAGGAGGAGUUAAAUGUGGCGAGCGUACAUUGCCUUGCUGCAAAUUUUGCCGAAAGCAUAUUAUGGAGGAUAAAAAGCAAGUGUUGUUCAAGCUCUGUGGAGUGGAGAAAAGUGGAGUUGUUUGUCAGGAACCAUUGGCCAACAUUUUCGAAGAUACAACUUGCUUCCUUCAUGUGGAGCUACCGGCUCAGAAAAUAUUCACCAAAAAGAAAUACGAAUCUGAAUCAGACGGCGAAGAAGUUGGUGAAGCCUCAAUGUCCGUUUCGCUAGACACGGUUAAAAGGGAACCUUUGGAUGCUCCCAAAAGCGUCAAAACGUCUCCUUCACAGUCGUCAAGUACCACUGCUACCGCUGCUGAAACGGAAGAUCAAGAAGAACCAAUUGGGCCACUUGUUGAGGAGUACAAUGUUACGAUUGCCCAUGACAAUGAACCGGAUAGCUUAGAAGAUUCCCUUCCGGUCAGUGUAAUUCCAAAGCCAGUAAAACCUAAAGCCGAAAAGGACGAAUCGGAGGAUACAAAUGAAACAACCCAAGCAGGAGCCUGAAGACGUUUCCGAAGCAGAAGGGACCCAUCAAAAACGCGCAUUUUAAGGUAUUUUUAACCAUUACUUUUACUGUUGCCAUUUCAAUGUUUUAGUGUUUGUCUAUGCUUGUUCGUCGAUGUAAUAAUUUUGGUUAAAUACAUAGAACAACAUAAGUCAAACGGACACAGUUCAAGUAGUAAUAAUAUUGACAUAAAUUCAAAAUAAUUUACCGCAAUUGCUCCGGGAGAAAAAAAAACGGUCAAAUCACAAUUUUAAGUGGAAAAAUUAGAUGUGCGUAAGGUAGAGGAAUAAAAUCUUCAG